CAGCUAUUUUGGCUUUGACCGUGUUGUUUAUUGUUUUUUUUUCUGUUAUUGUAUCUUUUCUAUUUUCAAUUGUUUGUCAAUCGCGAUCAUCGGAAGCUAUGGAUUCUAUGGGUAGUUGUGAUGCUAAUAAGGGUUAUAAUUAGAUUUCGACUCCAUACAUGUAACGUGUGAAUCUACAGCUAUCAAAAUAGUCGGGCUUUUGUGGAGCGCGAUUUCACGUGAAUUUCGCUAGAAUCCUCCAGCAGCUCUGCCACUCUGCCACAACAAACCGCGGGGAUAUGGCUGUGUGAUUUAUCGGGUAAUUGGUUUCUAUUCUCCACCGGGUUUGUCGGCGACUGGACACAAACGAAUUGAGGGUCUCCCGACUCUCGGUGCAUUCGGUGCAUUUGAGUCGAGAGAACGACACCGGCGAUGGGAUCUUUCUAAUUGAAUUUAAUCGUUCGCUCCCGUGGUUCGCUGUUUAAGUUUGGCGAACUCGAGUGAUUAAUGCAUCACUAAUUAAUGCGCUAUGCUAAAACGUUGUUCGAGUGCUCGUGAACACUGAUGAGCGCAAAGGGCGACCCAAUGCAUACAAUAUAAACAUCAUCAGAUGUUGAAAUUUUUUUCUCGGUGAAGCAGCUGUUACUGUUUGAGGCUAUAAAUCAAACGAUCAAAAAUAAUCAAUUAUGCUUUGGGCUUCACUGGUUAAGUUGUGAUGGAUACAUACAAGAGGUCAUCAAAGCAGCAGAAGUGGUCGAAAACAGCCCUGAAAGCGGCCAUUGAAGCUGUACAACGGAACGGAACAUCUGUCAAGCGAGCCGCUGAGGAAUACGGCAUUCCACGAGACACGCUUGCCCGCAACCUCUCGGAAGCGCCUGAAGUCCUAGCGAAACCAGAACCAGAACAAGAGUAUUUAACCCACUACCGUAACAACGACAAGAUGGCCGAGCAGACUACCGGCCGGCAGCUGCAGCGGAUCCUACACUACUCGGUAACCCCCUGCCGACCGCUGAUGGGCAUGCGACGUUCCGAAUGUGCAUUAUACGACGUUGACUGUGAUGAAGUUUACCCUAGGCUGUAUAUUGGUGAUGCGUCAGCGGCCAGAAACAAACAGUAUUUACGAUUGAUUGGAAUCACACACGUGCUCAACUCGGCGGAAGGAACACGCUUCGGGCAGGUAGACACAGGCCACAGCUACUAUCGAGACAUGUCCGGGGUCAGUUCUACUUUCAGAUAUAUGGGCUUUCAUUUGGUAGAUCAACCGACGACCGAUAUAAGCCGCUACUUUUACAUCGCUUCGAAGUUCAUUGAGAAUGGAAUCAACAGUGGAGGCAAAGUGCUGGUUCACUGCAUGGUGGGAAUGUCACGAUCGGCGACCUGUGUCCUAGCCUACCUGAUGAUUGCCCGCAAGAUGUCCGCCGCUGAGGCGAUCCGAACGGUCCGAAUGCAUCGGGACAUUCGGCCCAAUGAAGGCUUCCUCCAGCAGCUGGCUGAUCUGGACAACGAAUUGAAACGGGACCGGAUGUACUAUUGACUCGAGUGUGGUCAACGUUUCCGGAAGAAAUAACGGUCCCUCACCAACUGAAUCCCUUUCCCGCUCUCUUUCCCGCUUCUUCCUCACCAGGAGAGUCAUUAUAUUUUUAACGCUGAUGGUAUGCUAGGGAAUCGCGGGGCUUUUCCCAACCGUGGGAAUGAGCCUCAACUUGGUGUUAAGCUUAGAGCAACUCGAGUGAAUUGUUAUUGAAUAUAGAAAGGAUAGAAGAUCUAUUUUAUACUUCUCGAAAAGAAGGAUUAGCGAAUGAAUACGGUUUGAUCUCAGCUUCAUAUUUCAUGACAGUAUAACAUAACCACAAAACAACCACUAUACAUAUAUUUACACACAAUUCAGAUGUGAUUUAUUUUGUUUAGUUGGAAUUCUUUGAUUCCCCCUGGGAGAGGGGCAAAAAUCACUCACCGUACGAAGAGAAAGUUCACCGCAAAUGAACCAUAAAUAUAAUACAAAUAAAAAUAACAUAUAUGCUAGAAUUUUAUCGAACACAGACAACCAUUUGUCUGCUUUGUUACAUGCUAUUAUUUAUACUACCACUCAUAAUGUUACACAUUUUUUCACAAAGCAUAAUGCCAUAGAUAAGGAAAAAUCCACUCGCAUGGUUUUAUCCAAUAUGGAAAGGCGAGGAAAACAAUGAAAUCUUCCUCUGACAUGGCGUAGCAUUAACAUGUAGCCGAGAAAAGCAAAACUCACACCAAAAAACCGAAAACGAAAACAAACCAACAAAUGGGGAGCAAAGAAUCAAAUGAAUUUAAAGGGAUGCGUAUAUUUUAUCGAUGGCAGGACUCAGUCAGACUGUUGCCUCCAGUGGUUUUUUUUUUUUGGCACGAAACCAAAGGCGUAAGAAACCAAUAUGUAGCGUAAAGGAUAAGUUUGAAACAUAGCACACCAACAAACUAUAAUCAGUGAGAGACAACAUCAUCAACCAAAGCAGUAACGUUUAGGAUGAUACAUACAUUGAACAAACAAAGUUUAGGAAUGAAACAUGACAGCAACAUAUAUCGGAAAUUCAUAAACAGUUUUUAAUUAGAACAAACAAUAAUCAUAGGAGAACCCUUUUGAGGGGAAGUGAUUAACAACGGCUCGAAUAAAACCAAUGAUGAAUAGGAACUUUUCCACAAAGGCA